CGCCAUGAACCAUCUCGGAUUCCGCGCCGCUGCCCUCUUGAGACCAAGCUGUCGAGGGGUAUGUCUGUCCUCAUUGCGAACGGAGGUUUCUAGCUGCUCUGCUCGUAGGGCCGUGCAUUCCGGUCCGAGGCAUACAUGGCGCACGCUCCCGCAUUCUCCUCGUCGAGCAGGGCCCUUCGCUAGUCAAAUAUCAUGGCGACCGGCCUCAACGCAUUCGGGCUCCUCGUCUCCGGGAACUCCCCCUCCAGGACCCCGCCCGCAGUUCAAGUCUAGGCAGGAGAUGUAUGCAUCACGGAAUCGUAGUCUGCUGAUGUAUACCACGGCAGUCAUCGUUCUCGGAGUGGGAGUGACGUACGCGGCGGUCCCCCUGUACCGCAUGUUCUGCGCUGCGACGGGCUUUGCGGGUACGCCCAAGGUCGGGAUGGGCAAAUUCGAAGCAGAGCGACUUGUUCCUGUCGAGGACGCCAAGCGCAUCAAGGUCCAUUUCAAUGCGGACACGUCAGAUGCACUUCCGUGGUCGUUUGUCCCGCAGCAGAAAUUUGUGAGCGUUUUGCCCGGAGAGACUAGUCUUGCCUUCUACAAGGCGAAGAACAAGUCCGACAAGGAUAUAAUUGGUAUCGCAACGUACAACGUCACUCCAGACCGGAUUGCACCGUACUUUGCGAAGGUAGAAUGUUUCUGUUUCGAGGAGCAGAAGCUCCUUGCCGGAGAAGAGGUCGACAUGCCACUGCUAUUCUUCAUUGAUCGUGAUGUGUUGGAUGAUCCAGCGUGCAGGAACCUGGAUGACAUUGUCUUGUCGUACACGUUCUUCCGGGCGCGGCGGAAUGAGCAAGGACACCUAGAGCCCGAUGCCCCUGACGACGUCGUGCAAGCUUCACAGGGUUUCUCCGGAUACGAGCAUGCGCCAAAGGCGGAGGUUCGCAGCAAAAACACGACUGCUUAAUUUAUGAUGUACCGUAGAGGGCACGCAACCCACACCACUCCGCACCCUUUGUUUGCUG